AUCAACAAAUGCAUCUUUCUGCACAGAAAGAUUAUAUAGUAAUGUUUCGAAGCUAGACAAAAAAAAUUGUGAAAGUAAAACACAUUGUUUAUUAUAAUUAGACAUUUUUCCAGCUAGUAUCAAACAUAUUUAAUCAAAAUGAUGUGUCGGCAAGUUCUUCCGGACGCGACGGAUGGUGGUAUCGAACAGAUUUACAUCGUCAAAACGGAACCCGGCCUGGAGGAUGACGGUGGGUUCGCUAACAUGGUCCCGGAAACGGUUGACGAAAUCAAGACGGAACCAAAGUUCGAGGAGAAUGAAAAUCCGGAUGAUUAUCAACCAGAUGAGGAGGUUGGAUUUCAAACGGUUGAUGUGAUUGUAAAAGAGGAACCAAAAGUGGGUUCGGAUUGCGAAUCGAAUCAGGUGGACAAGAAAUUUGACGUAAGGUCUGAGAAGUCCGCGAAGGAUCAAACUGAUACCAACAAGGGAAAGACUAAACCCAAAACUGGUAAAAAAGAGAAAAAGCCAAGUAACUCCACUAAGGAGAAGGUCGAUAAAGCUCAAGUAAACGAAAAGUUGUUUGCUUGCUCAGUAUGUGGCAAAAAAACUAACAAUGAAUACAAUUUGCAAACGCAUUUGAAAACACACAAAACAAAGAAAAAGGUAGAAAAGGAAAAGGAUUUAACUUGUAAUGUUUGUGGUAAGGUCUCUUUUUCUAACUAUCAUCUACAAAUACAUCUUGAAGGGCAUGAGAGGAAGGCAAAAAAACGGGAACAACUAGAAACAAAGAAAAAAUCGAAAUUGGAGAAGCUUCAACGGUUCGUUUGUCACUAUUGUCCGAGCAAGUUUACCACUAACUAUAACCUUCAGCGCCACGAGGAUCUUCACGACAUUCCGCUAGACCAACAGAUCCACAAGAGAAAAGAGUUCUUUUGUUACGUUUGUGAUCAGGAUUUUGGGUCGAAAGAAGGCAUUCGAGAACAUUUGUACACCCACGCUGACCAGCUGCCGUACACGUGCGAGGAGUGUGAUAAACCAAUAUCUAUCAAAUCGGUGCGUGAUUUAAAUCAGCACUUGGAAAUGCACAAAGACACUACGAAUGGAAGUGUCAAGUGUACCUGGUGUCCGCUACGAUUCCAUUCACUUAAAGGGUGCACAUUCCACGAAAGAACGCACGUCAACGAGGGAAGUAGUGCUUUGAAGGCGCUGGAGCGCAGGGCAAGCAUUUUGAGCAAGAAAAAGAACGUCAAAAUCAUCGUCGUUGAAGGAACAUUGCGUUACGCUUGUGAUCACUGCGAUAAAUCGUACACGUUGCUUGAUUCGUUACGAGAUCACACGACCACGCACACUGAUUCGGAUAAACCGAAAAAACUGCACGUUUGCACGAUCUGUAACGAGGUGUUUGCCUUUGCCGGAGGGCUUUUUACACACAAAUUGGUCCAUUCAGAUUUUUUGCCGUAUAAGUGUGAAUACUGUGACAAACCAUUUAAAGCUGCUAUUCGUUUGAUUGAACAUCGUCGUAUUCACACUGGAGAAAGACUCUUCGUGUGUGAAUGCGGUCAAGGAUUUGCCAAAAAUGGUACAAUGCUGGCGCAUAGAAGGAAAUGCUUUAGAUCUGAAUAUUUAAAAAGCUGCUCUUGUCGAAUUUGCGGAAACGAAUCAUUCCCAAACUAUGCCGGAUUGGUUAAACACGUAACUGAGCAACACUUCGAGCCCAUACCGAAGACUAAAUGUCAAUUUUGCCCCGCGUUAAGUCAAAAUGCGCUUCUUCUGGUACGUCACGAGCAUCGUCAUCAGAUGCCGAACGUGAUUAAAUGUGAUCAGUGUAAUCGCAUUUUUAAAAACAAAGCUAUGUUGGAAGAGCAUGAAGUUACACACAUCAACACGCCACGAUCAUUUAUUUGUGAUAUUUGCGGAAAGACUUUCAAUCGACUCAAACGCCUACAGAAGCACAAGAAAAACCACACAAAAGUCCGAAGGAAGCCUACCAAGCUGCAUUGUUGUGACAUGUGCCCGAAAAAAUUCUCAUGGCUGGGGAACUUUCGCAGCCAUCAAAAGUUGCACUACAACGAGAAGAGUCGAUACUUCAUACCGUCGUUGGUGGAGGCUGCAAAACCGGAACCGGAAGUGGAUGAAAAUGAGGAUUUGGAUUUUGGUAUGUUAGUUAAAACAGAAAUGGAAUGAAGAUAAAUAAAUCUUAUAAUUGUAUCAAUUUUCAAUGUUUAAGAUA